AUGCACUUCUCUACCAUUCUCGCCGGCUGCGGCACCCUGUUUAGCUUCACUCUCGCGUCUCCAACUUCUCCGCUGCUCGCCGCUCGUGAUGACACUGUCAGCUUCGCUGUCUUCACCGAUAGUAAUGGCGAAAUCGAGUCCUUCAAAAACGCUGAAGCUCUGGGCGUCGAUGUUUACGGCCCCAUCCCCGACGACGGCGUCGUUCAUGCCGAUCAUGUCACGGCCGAGCCUGGCACCAAGGCCUGGGCCUGGAUCCGCGCCCAAGCCGAUAUUGACUGGACCAAGGUAUCCAAAGACAAGCGAGACGCGGUGUUGAAGAGGCAGGGAUGGGCGAACAUUGGGAUCGGCAUGUAUGCCCAGGACAACUGUGAGUGA